AUGGAGUUCCAGAUUGCACCAAUCGAGCACGAAAACAAUUUAAAAAUGGAGUUUAAACAUGUUUCUGCUAAGAAAGAGGUCGUCUGUCCGGUGGAGAGAAGUAUGGGCUUACCAGGGAGGUUAAAAAUUGAGUACAAGUUGGAGAGAAGUAUGAACAAGUGUAUGAAACUGGAAGAGACCUUGAACCGGGUAAUGGAGGAAAAAAAGGAGUCGUUCAAUCGUGAGAAAAGGGCUGUGGAGGACCGCGAUAGGACUUUUGCCGACAAUAUGAAGUUGACGAUUGAAAAUAACAAGUUGGUCUGCGACUUGAACGAGAAGGAUAACGAGCUCAAGAGAAAAAAAUUGGAAAUCGAGAGGUUAACGGCAGCUCAUGAGGAGAACCGUAAAUCUUUUGAUCAAAUGAUGGUGAAAAUGAACCGAGAAGUGGAGGAUUUGAGGGAAGAAAAAUUAAGUGCUUUGAAGAUGUUGGGGGAUUUGAAGGGAGAGACCUGUCUAACAAAUAAGACGAUCUCCGAGUUGAGAGAGAAGGUUAAUGAGCUGAAGUUAAAAAACUCGGCAAACGAGCGGUUGGCAGGAGCUAAUGAGGAGAAGUGCAAAUCUCUUGAUGAAAUGGUGGUGAAAAUGAGGCAAGAAAUGGAGGAAUUGGGGGUGGAGAAAUCAGGUGCUUUGAGGACCGUCGAACAAUUGAGGGGGGAGAUCUUGGAGGCUAAUAGGACUAUAGAUGAUUUGAAGCUUAAAAAACUGGAGUCUAAUAAGAUGGUUGAGCUGUACAAGAGGCGGCUCGAGAAUCUGUGGCCAAAAAUCGAGGAGAUUAAGGAGGAUCUUGUUGGUAUGGUCACUACAAAGGCAGGAACUGUGGCUGAUUUGGUGAGUGGCGUGGCCAAGCUGGCGAAUUGGGAAGAAGGUGAAAAAUUGAAAUUUCACGAUUCUAAGGGCAAAACCGGUAGCUCGGGGAAUGGAAGUAGUAGAAGCUGCGGAUCGGUAAAGAGAGGCCCACAUGCUAGCAACUCGCUGUUGUUAACCGGAGGAGGUCAUUUUGGUAAAAUCGCUCAGCCGCCUUUGGCUGACAGAAAUGUUAUCGAAAUAAUCGACCUCGACAAGGACGAUGAUGGAACCAAACCAAACGGGUCAUCAAACGAGACAAAUCCCGAGCAGGGCUCGUCAUGCAGCAAGAGGAGACGUUCGGAUUUCAUGGAGGAUUUAGUCUCGAGUUGGACUAAUAAGUGGAAUAAGAACACGAACACGGACCACGAAAAGAAUGUCAGUGCUUUCAAAUCGAGUUGCGAUCCAAAAUGUGAUUCUCAAACGCCUCACAAGAAAUCUGGACUAGGUGAUAACGAGGGUUCGAGUGGCUCGGAUGGGUCAUGCACGGACUCGAAAAUGGAGGCCUUUGUUGAGUCAGUUCAAGUGGUAUUGGGAAGCACCGGGAAAUCUGCUGGAACAGAGGAUGGCCAACCCCAUGCCGAUCUCCUACCCUUACAACGCGUGGGGGACGAGAUCGAUAUUCAGAUCAGAGAAGCUCUGCGAUCAGGUGAUGUGGAGCUCGCGGCGACAGUCAAUGUGAUUUCUCGAGAUUUAUUCAGGAGAAGCCAUGAAGAAAGCCGACGAAUCUCGAACUCCAAAAGGGAAAGAGUUUCUGGUUUGAUGUUCGAUGGAGAACUAAAGAGGGCUUAUAUGGCUGAAAUCAACUAA